UUUGCCUAGGGCAUUCCCACGUUGUUAUUCCCUUCGGUUUUGCAUGGAGAUAGAAGAAGAGCCAUCAAUUAAUACAUCAAACAGUUAAAAUAGAAAUGCUAAUAAUAACCUCAAUCAACCGAUAAUUAAUUGUUAUUCAAUUGUCAUCGAGAAGUCACGAUGUUCCUCGAGUGAAAACAACCCUAACCUCUUCAACACUCACCGGACAAAUCUCCCCCUCUUCAAGAAUUAAUUGUUAAAAUGUACAGCAGAAUUUUGAGGAGAGUUUUAGCAGUAAGUGGACAGUUGCCAUAUAAAUAUGAAGCUGGGGUUAAAUCACAAGGGGGAGUGUCUUCAUUGCUGGCAUUAAAAGCUCCCACAGAUUAUGGCAAACAUAUUUUUACUGCUGUGAGACACUGUUCUGGCACCCCUGUGGGUCCCAAUAAAGAUGAAGUAGCACAGAAAAAGCUUGAUGAGUGGCUCAAAAAUCCUGAUAAUCAAAAACAGUGGAAAAUUCUACAUUUGGAGGUGGAUGUGCAUAGGCAAAAUGGAAAUCCUGUACCCGAUGAACUCAGAUCGAGACAUUGGUAUGAGUUGGUUCUCUUGGAAAGUACAAAUAAGAGAAGAAAAUAUUUGGAGUUUUUGUUUUCACUCGAGAAGAAAAAAGAGCAUAAAGCAGAAAAGAAGAAGCUGCAAAGAGAAACUCGUGAAAAAUUUCUGGCUGAAGAGAAAACAAGAGACACCUCAGAUAUUCCAGCCUGGUUGGAUUAUCGUCUGGGACGGAAUUCCCCAUUUCUCAGGUUUUACGAUUCAACGAUGAAUCAACUGGGCAAUUGGCGAUUGCUGAAGGCGAUGAUGUGGGGCCAAAAAUUGGUCAUGGAUUGUGGGUACGAGCACGAGAUGACGAGGAUGGAGCGAAAAAAUUGCGCAAGACAAAUGAUGUUGACUUGGGCUGCUAAUCGUGAUCAUAUAGAACCAUUUGAUAUUCAUUUCUGUAACUUCAAUCCUAAGGGGGAUCUGCAUGAGGAUUUCCAGGCAUUCAUUCCUACCAUGUAUGAGGAUGAUUUUCCCAUGAAUAUCACUUCGAAAUCGUAUUUGGAAGUUUUUGACAAGAACCAGUUGGUUUAUUUGACGCCUGACUCCCACGUGGAGCUCAGGGAAAUUGAUCCUGAUGCUAUUUACAUCAUUGGAGCACUUGUUGAUAAGCUCAGCGGACGACCUCUAUCAAUGGCAAAAGCCAAACGAGAGGGCUUGAAAAUGGCAAAGCUCCCCAUAGAUCGCUACUUGCACUUUGGUGGUGGUGGAAAUAAAUGUUUAACAUUGAAUCAAAUGAUUGAAAUAUUACUAGACGCUAACUCCACAAAUAAUUGGAAAUAUGCUCUCAGGCAUGUGCCCUCCAGAAAACUAUUCCACAACAGACAACAGAAGAUGGAGAACCGGGUGAACAAAUUCCUAAGGUCCAAUGAAGAGCAAGCAUCCAUGUUUUCUUCCUCAUCACCUCAGGAUUUCUCCAUAGAAUCCAGAAAAAAAUUUCGAGCACGUUAACAUGAGAUAUGUGAGAAGUUACUAUGCUUUUGAAUUAAUAAAAGAUGAAAAAGUU